UCCGGAAUUAUGUAAGUAGUUCAUUUCUUGGCUAUUUAUUCAAAACGGGCAUCGCAACUUGUCGUUUUUUCUAAUAUUUUUCUUCGACCCUUUUUUAAUUUCACCACUGUCUGUUGGCGAAAAACAGUGGAAGCUGCCUCGAAACAACUCAUCGACCCAACAUAUUUCAAAACUGCUGCUGAUUUCCGUCAACGUUGUGCAAUGCUUUUGGAAGCGACGCUAAGAUCCGCUGUUGGGCUGCGAAGUUCGCCUCUAACCAAGGCCAUUAUUCAAGCUGUUAGUUUGUUCAAGAUUGGUAUCAAAUCGUGCACAAAGAAGGAAGAGGAAUGGUUCAAUACGAUCAUGGAAAAGCAGUACAAGGUUUUGCCUAGAUUGAAAAUMGAAAAUAACACGGUGGAAAACUCAAAAGACUAUCCCGAAAUGGCCACGGAAGAUAUACUUAUGGUUUCAUUUGACCUUACUCGGCUCCACGCAGAGAAUUUCACCAAAACAAAGAUUGAAACGCUAACUAAGCAGGGGAUUCCACCUCAAAUCGCUCUUCAGCAAUACCGUGAGGGUUGGUGGUUUCUUCUUACUGGCGAACGACUUGACGGGGAAACGCCUGGAUCGUCUGUAGAGAUAAAAAAAGAGGGUAUUUUGGAAAAGGUUGAUGAGAAGGAUGUAAAACGAUUCGACGAAGCUAAAUUUGAAGACCGCCUUCUUACGGCUUKGCCGAUGAUUAUUCAGAACGUCGCACAAAAGUCGGGCAAGGUCAAGAUUCAAUUUAAGGCUCCAGCGGUCGCUGGAAAGUACAAGUUCAAUGUAGCCAUCAAGUCACAAGACUUUCUGGGUGCGGACCAGGUGGUCAGUGUUGAAGCAGAUGUUGUGGAUAAAUCCACUGUUACACGAGAACCUUUGGAAGAAGAGGAAAAAGAUGAUGAAGGGAAGAAGGAUAAAUAGACUACUUUUCGAAUUUAAUGAAUAUUUUAAAAAAAUUCCAUACAAAUGAAAUGUUUCAACACAC